AACACAACCUGAAAACAUCGCAAGGCUACUACAAGCUACACGCUGCCAUAUUCAUACGAAACUAGGACGACUUGGGGAAACAUCCAGGCUCGGUACAGUUCUGGACCCGAUCCGUAACGACACACGCUUCCUCUAUCUUUUCGAAUCUCGGAAUACUGUAUAGGACAAGGCAAAGCCCAAAACGUCGAUAAUCCGACGAGAACAGGAUACGACCACACGAUGACCAUCAUCGAUACCAACAAAGACCUCUCCGCCCUCUUCUCCAAACAAGUCAAGCUCACCCCGGAUGCCAUCGCGCUCGAGGAUGAAUCCCAUACCUACACCUACUCGGAAUUAGACCUCCAAGUCGAUGUUCUGGCGAAAAGACUCCGUUCAUACGGAGUCGGCAGGGACGUACUCGUCGGCGUCCUCCUCCCUAGGAGUGCGGACUAUGUGAUCGCCUGCCUCGCAUCGCUGCGGGCCGGAGGAGCUUUCCUCGUCCUCGAACUCGCUUACCCGCCCAACCUUUUGGCGGACGUGAUCGAGGAUGCCAAUCCGGCUGUGGUGAUCACCUAUCGAGCGGAAGUGGGCAAGAUCAAGGAAGAAACGCCCGUGAUCGUAUUGGACGAGGAGUUCCAGGCGGUACAGAUGAACGGGCAUGCCAAAGAACCGGCGGUUCUGCCCGAAGAGGAUGAUCUGGAGAGGCUCUGUUUCGUGGCUUAUUCGAGUGGGACGACGGGGAAACCGAAGGGGAUCGGGAAUCCUCAUCGGGCGCCCGUACUCUCGUAUGACCUGAGGUUCGGGGUGUCGGAUCAGAAACCGGGGGAUAGGGUGGCUUGUAACGUGUUCUUCGUUUGGGAGAUCCUCAGACCGCUAUUAAGAGGAGCUACGGUCGUGGCCAUCCCGGACGAGGCGUCUUACGACCCGGUCUCCCUGGUAGAGGUCUUGCAAGCGAAAAAGAUCACGGAGACGUUGAUGACCCCGACCCUGUUGGCGACCGUCUUGCACCGUCAUCCGGAUAUAGGAGAAAAGUUACCGGACUUGCGGAUCUUGUGGCUCAACGGGGAGGUGGUCACCACCGACCUCGCUAGACAAGCUAUCAAGGCCCUACCCAACGCGCGGUUGUUGAACUGUUACAGCGCUUGCGAGACGCACGAGAUCGCCUGUGGGGAUAUCGGGGAGAUGGUACAGCACCUGGACGAGGUCGCGCUCUAUUGUCCCGUUGGGCCGCCUCUGGACCGGGAACAUACGUACAUCCUGGACGAGAUGGGUCAAAAGGUGGAAAGUGGGAUGAGCGGCGAGUUAUUUAUCGGUGGACCGAUGCUCGCUAGGGGGUAUCUGAACCGACCGGAACAGACGGCAAAGACCUUUGUCAGGGACGAGUUUGACGCCGAAGAAGGCGCGUUGAUGUACAGGACAGGGGAUCUGGCUAGGUUGUUGCCUUCGGGCUUGCUGGAGAUUACCGGACGGGUCGGGUCGAUGAUCAAGUUGAGAGGGUAUUCGGUCGUUCCCGUCAAGGUCGAGACGGCCAUCAUGAAACACCUCGCCGUCUCUCAAUGUGCGGUCGUCGCACAUGGAGAAGGUCUGGAUCGACAGCUCGUAGCUUACAUCUCUAGGGACAAACACGACGAGGCGGGGAGACCUUUCCCGGACAUCUUGGAUUCCGGACACAGCCCCGCAGCGAGAAAGUUGCUCUCAGAGGUCUUGGCGCAGUACAUGAUCCCAACCUUGUGGAUGGAGCUGGAUGAUUUGCCUUUACACGAGGUGUCGGGAAAGAUCAACUUGAAAGCUUUGCCUUCCCCCGGGUCGUUGUCACAGACCCCUGGGUUGGGUGGGGCGAGUGGGGCGAGGACGCCUCAGGAUCCGAUCAGCGUAGACGACGUCGCCGAGAUCUGGGCGGAUACGUUGCGUAUGCCCCGAAACGCCAUCUCGCCGGAAAACAACUUUUUCGACCUCGGUGGGCAUAGUCUUUCGCUCGCCGUGCUCGCUUCCAAGUUGUCGAAAGCGUUCGGGUUCCGUGUACCCGUCGUACGUCUGGCGGACCCUCCCACGCUGGCUGGACACGUCGAGAGCGUCAGGGCGGUCAGGGAUGGACAUUCGGCAGCCAUCGAGGCGGACCUGCCUGCCAUCUUGCGGGCGGAUUCGACGCUCGACAAGGACAUUCAACCGACGGGCAAGGCGCCUUGUCCGUUGAGGAAAGCCAACACCGUGUUGUUGACGGGUGCGACUGGGUUCUUGGGUGCUUUCCUGCUCAACGACCUGUUGGAGAGUACGUCGGCCAGGAUCAUCUGUCUCGUCCGGUUCAACAACCCUACAGGAAGCGAUUCUGCUGCGGGUAUCGCGAGGGUGCGAAAGCAUCUCCUCGACCUGGGCUUGUGGCGCGAUUCAAUCAUGGAGCGUAUCGAGAUCUUGCCUGGGAACUUGGCGAGGGAACGUCUGGGGCUUUCUCCCGAACUGUUCAAGGAGACUGCUUCACGUAUCCAAGUCAUCGUGCAUGCCGGUGCUACCGUGAAUUUGGUAUACCCGUACGCUAGUCUGCGAGGUGCUAAUAUCGAUGGAACGAGAGAGAUUUUGCGACUGGCUUCGAUGAGCGGAGCCACCUUGCAGUACGUCUCUACCAACGGCGUGCUCCCGCCAGCCAAGAACGGUUGGCCCGAAUGCGCCAGGCUCGACGUGGAUUCCGUCCCAGACAAGCUGUUGGACGGGUAUGGACAGACGAAAUGGGUCGCCGAGCAGCUGGUGCACGAAGCUGGACGUCGAGGAAUCCCCGUCAAGAUCCACCGAGCGGGUACGAUCAGCGGUCAUAGCUUGACGGGAGCGACCAACGCUUGGGACUUGGUCUCGGCGCUGAUCGUCGAGUCUAUUCAUCUUGGGUACGCACCGGACGUCGAGGGAUGGCGGGCAGAGAUGACGCCCGUCGAUUUCGUCAGCAAGGCCAUUAUCCAUCUCGCCAACCAGACCCAGGCCAAACAGUCCGUCUUCCACCUCGGGGAUCCUCACCCGGUCGAUAUGAAGUCGGUGUUCAAGGACCUGGAAACGUUGGGUUACCCUACGAAACCUCUUGGGUGGGACGACUGGGUCAAGCUGUGGACGGAGAAACGAUCGACGACCGGUGGUGAGGGGGCGUUCACGGCGGACAUCUUGAGAAGCGGUAUGCCCAGCGUCGAGUUCCUCAAGGGGAUCAUCGUCCUCGACAACGAAGAGACACGACCUUUCCGUGAGGUCGUCGAGCGACCCAUGGUCGACUCGGUCCUGCUCGAGACUUAUACGCGACACUGGUUCGCUCGAGGUUGGUUGCCUCAUCCUCCAUCGAGUUCGCACUCGUUGGGCGGGAUCGCUCAUGCUCCUCGACGAGGUCCUCUGAGUGGGAAAGUGGCCGUGAUCACCGGCGCUUCGUCCGGGAUCGGAGAGGCCGUGGCGGUGGCCCUCGCUCGGGAAGGGUGUCAUAUCGCACUCGCCGCUCGGCGGUUCGACGCGCUCGAGGCUGUGAAACGAAGGUUGACGAUGAGGGAAGGCAAGGUCAUCAUCCGCAAGACCGACGUGACGGAUCGUCAACAGGUCAAGGACCUCAUGAAGGCUGCCAACGAGGAAUUGGGACCCGUCGAUAUCCUCGUCUCGGUCGCCGGGGUCAUGUACUUUACCAUGAUGGCCAACUGCCACGACGAGGAAUGGGAACGGACCGUAGACGUCAAUUGCAAGGGACUCUUGCACUGCCUCUCCUCCACGGUGCCCGGGAUGGUCUCCCGCGGAUCGGGCCAUAUCGUGGCCAUCUCCUCGGACGCCGGAAGAAAAGUCUUCCCCGGCCUGGGCGUCUACUCGGCCAGCAAAUUCUUUGUCGAGGCGACUCUCCAAGCUCUCCGACUAGAGACCGCGGGGACGGGGUUGAGGGUGACCUCGAUCCAGCCGGGGAACACUGCUACGGACCUCUUGGGCAUGUCUACGGAUAAGGAAGCUAUCAAAAAGUAUGGAGAACCGACGGGAGCGCAGAUCUUGGACCCGGAGGAUGUGGCGAAUUCGAUCGUGCACGCGUUAAAACAGCCGGCGCAUGUGGCUAUCAACGAGGUGCUCAUCGAGCCUAGGGAUGAGCCGAUUUGAAGCGGGAGGGAUGUGUUUUGAGAUGAUGCAUAUAUACACGGACACUUGAGGUUGGUUAGAUAGGAUAGGUUGUUUCGGGAUACUAGGGGGUUAGCAUGUUGUGGCUUUUCGAAGGUGAUAGAUGACGACAAGCAUAUAGAUACGAUUCUCUUACCACGCCGGGUCUCACAGAAGGUUUGGGUUGAUUUGAAGCAGGACGACUGGUCUAAUAUUAUUGCAUGUCUCUGGAUCUCUGGUGAGAUAAAAGAGGUACAGUAGCAGAGUGGUGUUUCAUCGUUUCGAGAGUGAUGACGCUGUCGCUUUCUCACGCGUCGUCGCGUCUAGCACAGCUAUAAGCAGCGCUGCAGCUCAUAGCACUUGUAGUACUCUAG